GCGAGUCGAGAAAGUUUUCACAGAAAGAAAACGGAAGAUGGCUCCCAUCUCGACCAGCCCUUGCGCGGAUCCAGGCAUCCGAAGGGGAGCAUGGACCAAGGAAGAGGACGCGUUGCUUCGAAGAUGCAUCGAGAAGUACGGUGAAGGGAAUUGGCACCUCGUUCCUUCAAGAGCAGGUUUGAACAGAUGCCGAAAGAGCUGCAGAUUGAGGUGGGUAAACUAUCUUAGCCCCAACAUCAAACGUGGCACUUUCGAACCGGAGGAAGACGAUCUUAUCAUCAGAAUGCACAGGCUUUUGGGUAACAGAUGGUCGCUAAUUGCCGGGAGGAUUCUGGGGAGGACAGCCAACGAUAUAAAGAACCGGUGGAACUCUCACUUGUACAAAAAAACGAUGUCCCCUCAACCAUCAAAGGAAGAGUCGCCGAUCCCUUCCUUUGUCGUCGUGAAGCCAAAAGCUCACCGGCUCACAGUGAAGGCACCCCACUGGUUCAAGGCCAAGGCGCAGGCCGCAGAAGUGCCGCCAGUGGGCAAUUUUAUGGAAGACCGGUUCUGCUUUUCGAGCUGGUUCGAACCAAAGAGCACUCAGGGAGGAGUUGGAAGAGAAGGAGGAGAUGAACUCGAGGCACCUAAUCAAACUCAAGAAGAAUCAAGAUGGCUUCCUGAAGCAUUGCUUGAUUUAGAUGGCGAAGAACUCCCUCUUCAAGCAACAACUCCUAUAGCGGCCGAACUUGAAUGGGAAAACUUACUGUCAGAGCCAGACUUUUGGAGCUCAUUAAUGGACAUCAGUGGGGGAGCCACAUUUGACCCAACCGGGCCACAGGCCCCUCCUGACUUGCCAAAAUCAUAAAAUAUGUGUAUGAUCUAAUGUAUGUCGAUGGAGUUCCUUGUUC